AUGAAGAGGACAACGAAAGUGUCAGCAGUGACGAAUCGGAAGUCGAGAGCAGCAACUCAGAAGAAAGCGCCGAUGAAGAGAACGACAGCGUCGCAGAGGGAGAUUCCGAGAGCGACUCCGGCGAGGAAGAGAGGCUCGAACGUUGCGUCAAAGCUUAGACAAGUGCAAAAUGAAAAACGAAACCAGAUAUUUUCGAAAAUCUAUUAUAACCCUCGGCAUCCGGCGAGCUUUGGGUCCAUUGAUCGCCUGUUGACGGCUAGCAAACGGCAAGAACCAUCCAUUGAACGACGAGACGUUGUACAUUGGGUGAGCGGGCAAGACACUUAUACACUUCAUAGACAAGCAAGACGAAAAUUCCAACGUCGUAAAACAAUUGUCCCCGGAAUCGAUCAUCAAUGGCAGAUUGAUUUAGUCGAUGUCCAGAAUUUACAAAAAUACAACAAUGGAGUAAAAUAUUUAUUAACAAAAAUCGAUGUGUUCAGUCGUCGCGCUGCGGCUCUACCGCUCCGUACGAAAACAGGACGUGAAGUGGCCCAAGCUCUCAAAGAGCUCUUCGAGCGGGAGAAGGUGUACCCUAAAUAUCUUCACAGCGACCUUGGAAAGGAGUUCCGAAAUGCAAGUGUCUUGAAGUUACUAGAAGACCUCGGCAUAAAGCUGUUUUCCGUGCACAGUGAAACCAAAGCGGCACUUGUUGAAAGGUGGAAUCGCACACUCAAGUCGAAAGUUUACAAAAUGUUCACAAAAAACAAUACCCGGCGUUACAUCGAUAUUCUCCCGGACCUCGUUGAGAGCUAUAACAAUAUCGUACACAGAAUAACAAAACUAGCCCCGAACCAAGUUAACGCGAGCAACGAAAAAGCCCUUUGGCUCCAUUUAUAUGGUAAAGAAUUUCCGACCAAGACAAACUUCAAAUUCCAGAAAGGGGAUACUGUACGAGUCAGUCAACUUGCGCAGGUGUUCGGAAAGGGUUACAAACCGCAAUACACAACAGAAUGGUUCGUAGUGGCCCAUCGACGUAGUACCAAGCCGCCGACGUAUAAAUUGCGUGAUGAACACGGGGAACUCUUAGAUGGCAGUUUCUACGAGGAGGAAAUGCAACGAAUCCAACGUCCAUCCGAUGCAUCGGCCUUUCACGUAGACAUUCUAAAAAAGCGACGCAGGAAUAAAAAAAGCUGA